GACUAUAAAGGAGGAGGCGGCGGCCGGAGCGGUCACACAGAGAGCUCUCAGCCCGAUUACCGGAAUACCGCGCUAAUCUCCGGAUUAUAUCACACAAUGCGCUGCCUGCACACGGUGCUGCUGCUGGUGGCUGUCUUCUGCUGGCAGAGGAGCUCCGCACAAGGUGUGAACUUCCCUACAGCAACAGACAUCAAGGUGUCAUCGAUCAACUGUAAAACCAUAUUAGACUGGAGGCCCAAACCUACAAACUACACGUACACAGUGCUGGUGAGAGGUCAGUUGUUUCAAGACUGGAAGAAGAAAUGCAUCUACACCAAGGAAACCUCAUGCGAUGUGUCUGAUAUCAUGCAGGACAUCCGAGACACCUACGAAAUUCGAAUAGUUUCAGAAAUAAAAUCUUCCGAAAUCACUGAAGAAUUUCCUUAUGCUGAUGGUCCGACAUUCAGACCUUAUGACCAAACAAUUAUUGGGAAACCGAUUAUCCAAAAUUUCACACUGAACAAAGAGCAGAAUACUCUCAAAGUAGUUAUCAGAGAUACUCCGACACCCUACAAAUAUGCUAAUAACACUCCCAUCACCAUGCGGGAUAUGUUUCCAAAUGACUUUACCUACACACUGUUCUACAGGAAGGCUUCUAGCACAGGAAAGAAACAACAAUCAUCUGCAACCAAUGAAAUUGUCAUAAAUACCGACAAAGGAGAAAGUUACUGCUUCUUUGCCGAGGCAUCAGUUCCAUCUCGCAAAUCUAACAGAGAGAGCCAGCACUCUGAUGAACUCUGCACCUCCUCAUCUGCGGGGGAAGCUGCCAGUGGGUUUUUACCCUCCACUGGAGUUUUGUGCCUCAGUAAUUUGAUGUUGUUAUAUUGGUGGCUGUAGGAAUAUCAGUGGGUCUCAUUGUAUUAAUCGUAGUGCUGUCGGUGAUCCUUUGCAAAUGCAGAAACGGGAAGAAAGAAAAGACUAAGGAGAUGAUGCCGCUGAAUGCCGUAUAGACGAGGGCUCCUGGAGGACCACUGUACCUGCUCAUUGACUACUGCAGCCAUGGACUCUUCAGUGCACACUACCCGCUGCUCAUCGAAGCAGCACACAGUAUUCCUGGUUUCUGUGAAACUGGUCAAUCCAAUAUUAAUUCUUGAUCACGUCAAUAUUUGACUGGGUGCAAGUGAAAAUUGUUUUAUAAAUGGCCGUAUGCAUUCCUGUUAUAUGAUGAUGGGCGUUUGUCGAGUCCGUGGGGUAUCCUCCGUGCUACUGGACUUAACACUGAACGAGGAAUUUAUAAUAAUAGCAAUACAAAGAAUAUCUUGCUUUUUAAAGCACUACCAGCAAACACUAGGAAGGGUACGACAAAUUUUAAUAUAGUGUAUAUGACAUUCCUUUCUUAUGCCUCCUGAUCAUUCCUGAGUCUCCAAAUAGGAGAAAUGCAGAGCUGUCUGACCAUGGGCAUUUCAUAUGCAGAGGAGAUAAGCAGCUACCAUUCAUCCCUGGAAGAUACUUAUCUUCAGAAUUUUUUAUUUUAUUUUUUUUCUCCAUGCCAGUAGGGCGAUAGUCUGGCAGAAGAUAUUACCUUGCCAGUAGAUGCUGUGAAUCAUCACCAGAAAAUGUCAAUGUUGAUUUCUUCAUUUUUAUCAAACUGUUCACAACUAGAAAAAGACACGGAAGCAACAACAUAGAAAGCGAAGAGGGCAAUGGGGUUUGAAAUGAAUUUUUUUUGUAAUUUAACCUGUGGUUUGCCUAAGGCCAGACCAUGUAAAAGGUUAUAGAUGUCAAUGAAUCAAAUGUUGCUUUAAGGGCCAGUUCACACAGUUUUUGGUGGGGUUCUGCCUCAAAAUCAGCUCAAAACACCUUCCUAUUCAUUUCAAUCAGAAGAAGCACUUUUUUUUUUUUCUACAUGGAAAAAAGUAACCAGCAUGCCCUAUCUUGGGGCGGAAUCUGCGCUGAAUAUCCGAUUGAAAUGGAUGGGGAAGCAUCCAAAAACAGCUCUGAGUGUCCAUGAGUUUUUUUUUGCACAGUUUUUGGUGUGAACCUGCACCAAAAACCACGAGUUGAAAAUGCAAUUUUGUAUUGAACAAUACAUAAAAACUGUAUUGAAUUUGAAUUAUUUUUUUUUUUUCCAGGCAGAUUUUUAAAAUUAGUUGUGUGAACAUACCCUAAAGGUGUUAUCUAACAGGAAAUAAUAAAAUAAUAAAAAUCACCAUUACUCCCCUAUUGAAUGCCCCACCAGAACAGCACUGCCGCUCCAGUUCCCCCUCACCCCUCCAGCGAUGCCAUAAAGUGCAUCACAUGACUGCUGCAGCCAAUCACUAACCUCAGGGUUGCAUGUACGGCAUGAGACUGCUGAGGUCAAUGAUAGGUGCUGGAGGGGUAAGGGAUUUAACUUAAGUGAUGGUAUUUUUUAUUUAUUUUAUCACAUUCCAGGCACACAUUUUGUUAAUUCCUGAACACAUACAGUGUCAUAAUAAACAAAAAAAAUAUUUUUUUUCCCUUUACAGUAGAGAGUUAAAAAUCAUGUAUUUUUGCCCCUCUAUCCAUACCCACUUGGGUACAACACAUACCGAAAUUAUAGUUGUUUUUUCCACUUGCACGCAGCUGUUUCAGGCUCGUCAUCCCUCAUUAGUGCAAUUAUGGAGAUCCCAGCUCUAUGGAGAAGAGCUUAAUCUUACUCAUUAGCCUCACUUAGGUAAUAAAGCUGCUUUUAGAAGAUUCUUAUUCUAAAUAUCCUGGAGCGACACACUACGGUACACAGGACACUGUGCUCGUCACAUAGGUCUAAAGUACACUACCUGGAAAUCACUGCCUUCAGAUAACCUUGAGCAGAGUCUCGUUUCGCUCGGGAGAUGUAUGUACAUACGCUAGAGACAAAGCACUUAACGGAAGAAUAUUGUAUUUUAUUUUAUUUUAUAAAGGGACUAUGUAGAGAUAUCGGUUCUGGAUAUGGUUGUGUUUGGCGAUUACUUUUAUACACUGACAAUCAAGGGUACUAUUUAUAUAAUAUAUGAUUUUUUAUGAAUAUGGUUAUUAUUAGAUGAUAAAUUUAUUUGUGUUUGUAAAAGUAACUUAUUUUUAUAGGAUUUAUUUUCAAAAUAAAGGUGAAUGGGAAAUGA